AUGGCGUUCAACUUCAACUGGUCGCCGUUGAUGGCGGACGCGGGAUUUUACACUCGCGCCCAAGAUCUGCUCACAGCCGCACUCAAUAAAUCGCCGAAACCGCCCAUCAUCGUCGAUGAUAUUAUCGUUACCGAACUUAACCUGGGCUCUAUGCCUCCGGAUCUUGAGAUAUUAGAAAUCGGCGACCUAGCUGAAGAUCGUUUUCGCGGCAUCUUCAAAAUGUCCUAUUCCGGCGAUGCCUUCUUGACGCUCAAGACUCGGGUUCAAGCGAAUCCUCUUAAUACUUAUCUCCUCACCAGGCCUGCUUUCGCUUCCCCCAAACCCUUAGCAGCAGCAACCCCACUCACCAUCCCUCUCCAAAUCACCCUCUCCGAUUUCAAGCUCUCCGGAUUUGUAAUCCUUGUUUUCUCGAAACAAAAAGGUAUCACCGUGGUCUUUCGUAAUGAUCCCCUCGAGUCGCUUAAGGUCUCUUCGACGUUCGACUCGAUCCCAUUCGUGCGCGACUUCCUGCAGAAGGAGAUUGAAGCCCAGCUACGGAUCUUGUUUAUGGACGAACUCCCGGCCAUCAUUCAUCGACUGUCUCUUCGCUUGUGGGUUCCGGAAUAUCGCGCCGGCGACGAGAUGAACCAGACGAACAACACGGAAACAGUUGCGAGCGAGGGUCCCGGGCAAGAUCCCUUGGCAAGCCCCCCGCAAGAUCCCGUGGAUUCUCUCGGAAAUGCCCUGAACGAGUCGGAGAUCGCUUCGCUCUCGCUGGAUUCUUCCGUCGAGACCCAUUCUUUGUUCUCCCAGAAAAACUUGCUUCGCCUCGCCGCUCUUACAGACUCCCAACGAACCUUGUCGCUCUUCACCCCUUCGAUUCAGGAAGUGGUGUACCGAGCAUGGACAUCGCCCGCCGAUCCCAGCGAAUUUCCUUCCAGCGUUGUCUCGCCCGCGAGUCCGACACUGUCUCGAACACACUCGCAAAUUGGAAGCAUGUCGUCAUCGAUCCAUGAGACUGCCAGUAUCGCAUCCUCUCAACAUAGUCGGCCUUCUCUCGGAAGCCACUCAUUUAGCAGCUCUGGGUUGAAUCUCGGCACCGGACGUCAUUCAAAGGCUCACUCGCGGCGAAGAAAGAAGCGUAUUGUGGACUUGCGCCGUCCCAAGACGACCGACGAUGCCAUGAGCGUCAGCGACGAAAGCUCAAUAGCCGAAUCAUCUGGCCCUCCCUCCAUCUACUCCGCACCAUUACCUGUUGUGAACGAGCAGUCCGAUGAUCCUGUGACUCCCCCAUUGUCUCCCGAAAUCGACUCGCACCUGCCCGUAAUCCCAGAGCGACACCAGUCGAGCAUUUUGCGGCCUAGCCAACGACGAAACACAUUGACGCACGAACAAGGUGAUUUGUCCUACUCUCUGGAAACAAUCCGAGGUCCCAAGGCCGAAGACGUCGAGGCCACCCCUCGUGCCAAUGUGCGCAGCGGUUAUCCUCAUGAGAAGGCCGAGGCCGGCCCUUCAUCUGGCUCCGCUCGUCCUCCCUUGCCGGCCACUGUUCUUCCAUUCACCAAGGAAGAGAAUACCGCCGGAGAUUCCGUCGAUCCUCUCCUGGUCGAGCGACUGGCCGGUGAAAUCGCCCGUCGAAUGCGCGAUGAGAAGUUGAUGGCCAACAACGCUUGCAGCAACUUCUGGACCCGCGCUCAGGAUGACACGCCACCCCCGGCAUAUGGCCAUUGA